CCAUAUUCAUAGACAGACAGAUAGACAAAAAUAUUGAAGACCAAUUUGUGCAUCCACAACAAGAAAAGCAUUUUUCUUUUCAUUGUUUCUUUUUCUUUUUUGUCUUUUCUUCUGGCCCGUUUUCUAAAUGUCAACGGCCAAAGAAACCUUUGCUCUUCUUCCCCUGCACGACACCGAUACCAACACCGACCACUCAUACCCCACCGCACAGCGCACCAUUAGCCUCAAUAGGGACGGCACGCGUUCUGCAGUCGCUCUUACUCACACACGGUCUAACAGUCCCCGUACCCGGUCACCUCCAUCACAGACUUCGCAUCCAUCUUCACAACCAACAACAUCCCGCGCUAAUCCCUAUCAAAAACAUCUUGCAUUCACCUCGCCUGUAUCGGUCUCGUCUUCAACCGGAGCAGGAAGUUUUGGCAAAGGAUCUACGCCAAUAGCAUUAACUCCAGGAUCUAUUCGGAGCCAAGGACAAGACCAAAGCACCAUGGCGUUAGGCAGCAGCAGUAGUGGCAACGGUGGAGGUAGUAGUAGCCAAGGAUAUCGUCAUUCCAAAUACAAAUAUUCUGAUGAAGAGGAUGAGGACGAGGAGCCUCUGCUGCUCCACAGUAGUACCUCCUUUGGCGGGGGCGCUGGAGUUAUACAUGGGAACGACAAUGGUACUGGUUCUCAGGUAAAAAAAAAAAAAAAAAAAAAAAAACGAUCUGAUCGAAUUUACUUUAUGUACAAGGAAUCAUGAUACCCUUUUAAAUGCUCAAGGAAGAAUAAGCUGCAUGUUUUUUCCGGCAAAACAAUCUCAUCCCAAUUGCAAGUGUUUGUACAUGGCACUUUCUCUUUACCCUUCAUCCUAACUAUUCCCUUUCAUCCCUGUCUGAAGUUCACAAUUAUCACUUCACCGCGAGACACCAUAUAUUAAAUGCCUCUUUUUCUGCUUUAUGCUUUCCCGCUGUGCUUGUUAAAGCAUCUGUAAUUUGUCUGGAGCUCUUAAUAUUCUUUAUUGGUGAAUUUCUUUUCUUACGCAGUUUGUUAUGCUCUCUAUUUUACUGCUCGUUGUUUGUUUUGUGACGAACCUUCAC